UUUGAAGUCGCUCUUCUAUUGUGUUCCCCCGUAUUGUUUUUAUAAUAAUUGUAGUAAUUCUCGAGCUCUGUGUGUGUGAAUUAUAUCCUGUUUUCGACCCUAUCUCAGUAGAAAGCGGGAGAGCCACUAGUACUACCGGUCCAGCAUAUAUAUCUCUUGAUAUCAUCUCGCCCGAGUGCACAGCAGCAAUUCUUUUCAUCAGUUUGUUGUGCACUAGCAUCAAAAUAAUUAGUGACAUUCCGGAGGAUAAGGCGGAGCACAGCACAAGCUGUAGUGUGCGUGUCUUGAUAUUUCAGUGAUACAAUCCUUUGCUGUCAUUGUCCCCCAGUCCCUCUGUCUCCUUUUCGAGCUCUGUUCUUGAGGCAGUUAAGGACUCUUGACGUAGCGAGUCAGCUUCUAAACUGUUUACUAUAUCGAAUUUCCACCCGCCGUCAAUAGCCAUCCCCUUGGAAGAGGACAAGGACUGUAAUAAAAGAAGACCUCGUUUGAUUCAAAGGAACACUUUUAGGAAGAGGGAGCUUCUUAUUUAUUUUGUACUGGAAGUUCUUCAGGAGAGAGGAAGAGAGAUAGACAUCUUAUUGAUAAACUUUAGGCAUAGCAUUAUGAGAAAGGAGGUGGGCUCGCCAUCACAGCAAAGAUAGCAAACCCGAGCCAAAGAAAAUAAAUAAAGAACUUGCACUACUUACAUAAUAUUAUCUGUCAUAAGGAAACGUAUCUACGGACUGGUUCAUUCGUAUCCAACUCGCCGCCAGCAACACGCUUCUUAAAGAUGUGCUCCAGCUAUUCACAGAGAUGGCUCUCGCUCAUUCUGUCUCUUCUCUGUCUCUUUUCCUUGAUAAAGACUAGCCAUGCCUACUUGCCUUUCUAUUGCCAUGGUUGCUCAUGUGUUGUAACUCCACCAUCAGCUCUAGCAAUAGACUGUAGACGUUUAGAGCUCACAGCAGUACCAGAGUUUUUACAAACAUUCUCAAAUUAUUCCACCUUCAAGCAAAUAUCUAUGUACUUAGACUACAAUAACAUAUCAGGGAUUGGUACAAAUGAUCUCAGCCUAAUGAAGAACCUCACCAGACUUACAAUAACUCAUAACCAGUUGAGCUACAUUGAAGACAAUGCUUUCUCUUAUCAAGACUUCUUCAACAUCCUUGAUCUGUCAUUCAAUCUUCUCACAAGUGAAUCCUUUGCUAAUGAUUCAUUCAACAGCACUGGCUCCAGAGUAGCCACUCUCAAGAUCACCGACAACCUUUUGACGCAUCCUCCAAGAGCUCUGGCAAAAAAAAAUAGACACAUGUCCAUGUCUACACUGUUUCUGGAUAAUAAUCCAAUGGGCCCUGUACUGAAGUCUGAUGCUUUUGAGGGAUAUGCACAAGAUAUAAGGGAAUUGAGGCUAUCUGGUUGUCAAUUGAAGAAAAUUGAGCCAAAGGCAUUUCACUAUGAGAUAUUCCCUGCAUUGAAGACGCUGUUUUUAAACAAUAAUGAUUUCAAUGAAAUCGACGUAAAAUUUCUAGAAGGAGCUCACAUCUCCGACAAACUUUAUUUAAGAAAUGCUGGUAUUCGUGAGAUAAGACCUAGAACCUUCUGGAAGCAUACUUCGCUCAAGCACCUGUAUCUUGAUAAUAAUGAUCUUUCAAGACAAGAGUCACGUAACAGCUUUGUUAAGAUGGACCUAAAGACACUAUCACUAACUAAUUGUAGCUUGACUAGGCUCAGGAGAGGCUUCCUAAGACUAACGGCAACCUCAAUUAAUCUAAAGGGUAACUUCAUUACUAGAAUAUUCAAUGAAACCUUCAGAGACCUUAAGUCAAUCAGAGAGCUGAUAUUGGACAGUAAUAAGAUAAACAGGAUCGACGCUCAACCCUUUCGAAAAAUGACACUACUAAGGAAGCUCUAUCUCGGCAACAAUGAAAUCGAUGACUCCAACCCUUAUUUCCUGGGUGAUCUCCAAUCCCUUACGAGCCUUGACAUAUCUCGUAACAGACUAACCGAGUUUCCUGAUGUCUCUGGCCUGCCAAUUCUAACCACUGUGCUGGCUAGUUAUAAUAACAUUAAGGAACUCAAGGAGGCUACUUUUAACACGAGUGAGUACCUCAAAAAGCUACAGCUGAGCGAUAACAGAAAUCUUGAGGUCAUUGAUCGUAACGCCUUCAAGCGAAACAACCAAAUCGAGAUGGUGGAUGUCAGUUUCUCUGGCCUAAAGCGUCUCCCAAGCUUUGAGACUUUCCCACAGCUGUACGAGCUACGCCUUGAGCACUCGAAACUGACCGAACUUCCUAAAGACCUCUGCACAAUAGCCCCAAACCUCCGGCUACUGUAUGCUUAUGACAAUUACCUGGAGUCCAUCCCUGACCUCAGCAACUGCACUAAACUGAUUCACAUCGAGCUCUACUACAAUAGGAUCAAGGCUAUUCCAGAGUUUGCUUUCAAGGGUCUCUCUGAUUUGCAGACGUUGAAACUCUAUGGGAACAGGAUAACAACUGUUCAUCGGAAUGCCUUUCGUGGUCUGAAUCGACUUUAUGAAUUAGACCUGUCGCAUAAUCAAAUAACUUACCUACCGCACGGACUCUUUUUUAAUCUAACGAACUUGAGGAAACUGGAGCUACAGUUUAACGCCAUUACGAAUCUACCUGAUAAUAUAUUCAGUGAUCUCAACCACCUUGAGCUGCUCUACAUUAAUGAUAAUGCUAUUCGGACCGUGGGCUCUGUCCUCUUCCAUGGUAACAUGACUUGGCUCCAGAACUUGAGUGUCUCCAAUAACCCGGAGAUGGAUUCAUUCCCAAUCCCCACUGAUGGUUUCCCAUUCCUCCAUUCCCUGGGUAUGAGUAACCUCCCAUUAAUAUUCAACGUGCCAACAGUCAUUAAUAUUCCAAGGAUACAGACGAUUGACUUUACCUAUUCCUAUCACUGUUGCCUCUUUAAAGAUUAUGCUCCUCCUUAUCGAGCACUAACCCUUGAGGAGAGCGAAAACACGGGUGAUCCUGAUGUCUUAUUCACCUUUCAAAAUACUCCAGCGGAAGAGGUAACAUUAGCUCCAGAGGUAUCUGACACCUUGCUCUUCCAUGGGAGUGAUCCUUUUACGCAUGACAACGCUGGUGAUAUAAGCCCUCAGCAGUUUAUUAGGGAGCUGCUAGAGUACCAGAGACGCUUUAACGUGACUCUUGUCUCCACUCAGAACGGACAGGUGAUUGUUGUUGAUAAUAGCAACCAUUCCAUUGUCGCUCGUUUGAAGGACGAGGAGUCACGCUACCUCCGAACCAUAUUGCCCUCGUUCUUUGUGAACAGGGAAGUGUACUGUACCCCUCCCCCAAGCUCACUCACUCCCUGUGAUAACCUCUUGGAUCCCCAGCCACUCCCAGUGCUGGUCUGGGUGAUCUGGUUUACAGCUGUUAUUGCUAAUCUCGCCGUUUUAUUUGUCAUGAUUGUGUCAAAGGAGAAACUCGAAGUCCCACACUUCUUCAUCUGUAAUCUGGCAUUUGCUGAUUUUCUUUUAGGCGUCUACCUUGCAUUCCUUGGCGCUGUCGAUAUCCGUACAAGAGGCAAAGGUUUCUAUAAAUCUGCCCUGACCUGGCAGACAGGUCCCGGCUGCCAGACAGCUGGUUUCAUUGCUAUAUUCUCGGCCGAACUCUCAGUAUUCAUUCUGACUUUUCUCACGCUAGAGAGACUCCACACUAUAGCUUAUUCGUUUAAGAGUGGCCGUCUUAGACUCAGAAAUGCGACCAUUAUUGUAUUCAUAUGCUGGAUACUGGCAGGAAUACUAGCAGCCCUCCCUCUAUUUGAUGUCAAUACUUACUCUGAAGUAGCGGUGUGCCUCCCGUUUAGAUUAUCAAAUAUACGUGACAAGCUUUUCAUUGCUCUCAUUUUGACUGUCAAUCUAACUGCCUUCUUCAUCAUCCUCUCAAGUUAUCUCCAUAUCCUUCGUCUUUUCUGUCGCUCCCGAGCCUCUUGCACAGAGCAAGGAAAUAAAAGAGAGAAAAUUGUCAUAUCGUUUAAGAUGGGUAUGCUAGUACUUACCAAUCUCAUCUGUUGGCUACCAUUGGCAGUUGUCGGCUAUGCUGCUAUAGUCGAUCAGCACAUCAUUAACUUCACUGUUGCCAAGUUCUUCAUAAUCCUCAUUUUCCCCAUCAACGCUUGCCUCAACCCAUUCAUCUACUCCAUAUUCACCAAACAGUUCCUGUCUCGUGUCCGUGGUCUCUGCAAGAGAAAGGAUACAAUGCAGCACGUGAGCAACAACAACUCUUUCUAUAGACUCUCUUUCAGACGGAACUCGAUUGCGUCAGCUGCAAGUGAUACGUGUUCGUCUACACUAAGAACUAAUUCCCCGAGAUUUGAUAUUGAUCUUGAUAUGUUGAGUCGACGUCAGAGCCGUCGCUCGUUCAGCGUUCAGCUAGCAUCACCUCCCCUCCCUCAGCCUAUUGUGGGCUUGGCUUCCCCGGCUCCUUAUAUGGGCAGGCGAUACUCUUCCCCUGCCAUAUUUGGAAUGGAGUCGGGACUACCUGAGGCUCAGGGCCUAGAGGGGAGAGGCGAGAUACCACGCUCUCACAGCAAGUGUUUGUCUAUUGUACAAGAGGAGUCCGAUGAAUCUGACACUGAAGAAGCAGCUGCUUCUCAUAGCCCGAGGAGAAGGAGGCGAUCAUCAGAUCCAGAGCUUCUCAACUCCGCUCUCCCUGGCGGGCUCAAGGAUUUAUUAAACGCUCGGAGUAACAAAGUGAGUGAUGAGAGGCGUGACUCAGGCCUGGUCCCUUCUUUUGAGGGCAAUUCUCCGCUCCAUUAUCAGUCGGUAUCACCACCAGCCCAAUCUAGUACAUUAAUAAGAACUAGUGGUGAAGGUCACUCGAGAGAUGAUGCUACCAGCACUAAUUAUCGAAUUCCCUCUCUGUCUUCUCCUGCAGCAGCUUCUCGUGUACAUUUUAAAGAGUACAUACCCAGGAGGUCUUCGCCGCUCUCGACUCAUUCUAUUAGAAUUAUUAACCCCCACACUGCUAAACAGUCAAAACAUAAUGUAAAGGAGUCUCAAGUGUGAGGCUCUUUUUCUCUCCCCCCCCUCUCUCUCUGUCUCUCUCUUUUUCUAUGCCACUAUCCAUUCACACAAUCUCAUUUGUUUGUGUAUUAUCAAUGAUAUGUUGUGUUAUUAUUAUUAUUAUUAUUAUUUUGCUUUAUGGAAUGUUUGUAUUAUUUUAUUAUUAAAAUUAAGAAAAGAUGUUUAACUAAAUAUGAAUCAUAAA